AUGAAGAGAAAUCUUAAUAAGUGCAAUUUGGUGGUCGGAGAUAACACUGGUGCCAUGGUUAUUUCACUGUUGGAAGAAAACAUCGACAAAGUUAGCGUCGAUAAUUCGUAUUGCUUUCAUUUAGUGACUGCAAAGAGUCUCUACAGGAAACAACUGAACUCUAGCAGGGCAAGUACGAUCAGUACGUGUGACAAUGUUGUAAUUUCGGACAAAUUGAGUGUUAUCGCCAGAGGGUUGGUGGCUAAUGAUGUGAGUAGUGAAAGUAUAGUUGGACGUAUUUUGGCAGUAAGUAUUAAAGAGGUUGUACACUUGCAUAAAUGUACGUCAAAAAUUUUAGAUAUUCCAGGGCAAUCUGUUUUUAAAUGUUUGAUGUGUGCAUUGGCCAUAAUAUUGGCCGAUAUUAUUGGGAAUAAUAUCGGCAGGUUUUAUUGUCCAAAUGCUGUAAUGCAAUCUUUCUUUGCAAAACUUUCAGACAUGCAAUUAUUUAGCAUCGAAGAAGCUGACCUGGCCGAACUAUCUGUAGAAAUGAUGGAAGAAAUAAUGCUAAAUUUGAAAAACGUGAAAAUCGAAAUUGUGACCGGUUUUGUUUUUUUGUUCUGUUUCGUCCAUUCCUCAUUACCUCUAACUUGUAUUUAUUGAAUUGCAUUGAUUUAUGUUGUGUUGCAUUGUAUUUUUUCCCAGAUUCAUGUAAACAAAGGCAAAAACUCAGAACCAAAAUGUCUCGUGAGAAGGAGUUGUGGAAAAAAGUUGUGGCCAACUAUAAUGAACUGGUCAAUAAAAAAAACAAAAUAACGACUGAGAGUAUCCAGAAGGGUGAUUUCCCAUGGGAUAAACCUGAUUUUUCUGGCUGUGACGGCAGUUAGUACUCCUACACGUUUUUGCCUAAAUAGAUUGUGUUGUAAAAUCUGCCUCAGGGCUUUCAUACGUCAUUUUUAACAUCGAACUUCCCUCCUCCUUUUGCAAUCUCUUCUUGUUUUUAUAAUUCGCUGAUACUUUUCUUACCUAUAUCCGGCAACCUAAACAACCGCUAAUAAUAACUUUCAUUAUUCAGUUCCCGUAGGUACAAAGAGAUCAUUGGUCCACAAGCAGAUGGAAGUCGAGCGCUUCGGAGAGGAGCUCAGAGGUUUAAAGGAGAUGAAUGGUUAUAUGUCCUUCUGUAAGGAUGCUAUUUAGCCUUCAAUUCAACAGAAGAACACGGAAUUCCAGGCUUCAUUAUCAGGUAGCUUGUAAAGUGUCAACUAAAUUUAACUUAAACGUUGUCAAUCCUAUAGGGUAAUCUUGGAAGAAAUAGAUACACGCAUGUCUAAACGUUACGGUUGUUUUUUGGGUAUGCCAUAUUGUUUCACCUGAGCAUAUGCUGUACUAUUUUCUCCUAUACGUUCGGAACACCCAGACAUUGACGUUGAGAGUGGCACGAUGGAAAUUGAAGACACAUUUAUUUAGUCUGUAAGAAUCGAUUAUUUUUGUUUGCCAAUUUUGGGUACAUUGUAAAAUGGGUCAAUAACAUUGAAGCAUUGUUGUCAGUUAUGUGAUUUUGACACCUUUCUUUCAUCGAAAUACACACCAAUUCAAAGCGUAGUUAUUGUCAGUUAAUGUAAACGUUUCAAAGAAAAAUGCUGCUGAAAUAGCAGUUCCUAGGAAUUUGCCUUUUUCGUUUUCAUAGUGCUUGUGCUUAUUUUGAUGUAUCUUUGCAUUUAUACCAUCUGUUAUUGAUGACUCUUGCUGUUGUCCAUGAUUGCCAAGGACUCCAGCCAUUAAAUUGGACUUUUCUCUAAAGUAGGCUCACCUUUUCAAAAUAUUACAGUGGUAACAUUUACCAUUGUGUGGAACAAGAGAACUACUGUCCAUGAAAGUAGUGGAGUCUUGGCUGCACCAUGCUGAUGAAACCCAAUAGCCCGAAACAACAAGCAAAUUUUUUAAUUCAUUAAUGAAUGAUUUUCCAGUAAUCGGAGACGUCCCUUUUGAGCAAAGGAUUAUGGGAUCGCCAGGGGGCAAACGUUGCAAAUCUCUAUAAAGAAAUGUAUGGCGUAGAGUUGCUUCUUCGUUAAAAAAGUGAUUUUGGACAAGGAAUGACCUAUUUUAGUGGUAAUUUUGUGAGGAGCGGAGGUGACCGAUGUUUGAGCGUCGAAAUUGUAAGUUUUUAUCGGCCUAAUGUAAUAAAAUCUAUCGAUAAAGCCUCUUUCUUGCGUAAGUUUGAUUGUGAAAUUUCCUUAAUAUACAUGAAGUAAUGGCCUCGAAAUAGUAAAAAUUUAGGUAUAAAUUUGAGGAGAUUGAUUCAAUAAAACCUUUUGAGUUAUAAUUACACGUGCUGAGAUCAUUUCUGUGUUAGUUACAAGUGAUAUAACAUUACUAUGGCCGAUGGAAUUCUACACCCACAAAGGACAGAAGUUGUUGUACGAGGGGAUGGAAAUUGUUUCUACCGAGCGAUUGCCCUAUGGAGGGAUGAAACAAGUGACAGAAAACACGAGGAAAUUCGAAGCUUGUGUAACUCCCUUAUUGAGAAACAUCCGCAGUUAUUUGCAGUGGAGGAACAUGUUAAGAAAAGUAAACUUGCUGGGUCUUGGGCAGAAACUGUUGACAUCUUUAGUUGUGCAACACUGCUAUGAUUAGUACGACUAUCUAAUACAUUUUAAGAUUUACUGUAGCCCUGCCAUUGAUUUUUCCCAUGUGUAAUUAUGAUAUUAUUUCGCUCUAAUUAUUUAACUGAGGGAGCCCAUUCCUUAUAAGCCCGGUGGCUACUCUUGGGCUUCCUCGCCAUGAGAGUUUAAAUAAUUAGAUUUUUUUUGCUUUGUACAUUUACCUAUGGCAAACAAAACAAUAAACAAGAUAACACAUUUUCAACUAAAGAAAAAAAGUGGUUCACUUUUAACCCUCUCAAGAUCACUAAUUCUUCGUCUCCUAUGGAAACAAAGAAGGGCUGUGAAUGUCCCAUUACUCUGAAACAUUAUGAUGAUUAUGCCCAAGCAAACCACUUCAAUCUCCUUCUUCCUCAAGGAAAUUGUUGUAAUGCUCCCCCGCCUGAAAAUAAACCAUCCUCACUGGUAAUAGAUUUGGAUAAUGUUGAACAAUCAUAUGCUUCAGCUGUCGAACAGAGUUCCAAAACAUGUCCUUCCACCAAAGUAUCCUCAACAGCAACUAACAAUACCAAGCAGUCCCCCCAAAACUCAGCCCACUAA